CCCCAGGGACUUUGCGUACGUAGCGAGGGAUAAGGACACCAGGAUUCUGAAGUGUCAUGUGUUCCGUUGUGACACUCCAGCUAAAGCCAUCGCUACCAGCCUCCACCUCAUCUGCUCUCGGAUCAUGUCGGAGCGUAAGCAUGCUAAAGCGCUAUCAGGGGCGUUGUCAGGGGGCGUGUCUCUACACGACAGAAUGCAGUCAGGACUAGACCUCCCGCUACAAGCAGAGUUCCCCACUCCAAAGACAGAGUUGGUCCAGAGGUUCCGGCUGCUGUAUCUGGGUAUGAAGCCAGUAGACAGACCUAUAGGUAUGGACAUAUUGAACGGGGCGAUAGACCGUCUGAUUGGUUCUUCCAGGAGAGAUCAGUGGAAGGCUGUUAACCUCAACGUGGCUGAUGCUACCCUCAUUAUCAGCAACAACCAGGAGGAGGAGGUGAAGGAGGAGGAGGAGGAGGUGUUGGUAGAGUGCAGGGUGAGGUUUCUGUCCUUCAUGGGGGUAGGGAGGGACAUCCACUGCUUUGCCUUCAUCAUGGACGGAGGAGGACGACGCUACGAGUGUCACGUGUUCUGGUGUGAACCCAACGCUGGACAGCUCUCUGAGGCCGUACAGGCUGCGUGCAUGUUAAGGUAUCAGAAGUGCCUGUUGGCUCACCCCCCCUCCCAGAGACCCCUCCCCUCCUGUGGCCGUGGCUCCUCCUCCCUGGGCAGCGGCGGUGGUAACCGCGGUAACGGCGGUGUGAAGAGAGGAGUGCUGUCCCUCAUCGACACCCUCAAACUGAAGGGACCGCUGCCCCACCAGAGUAACCACGGAAACUAAACUAACAUCGUGACUACGACCGCACACCCCGGUAACUAUGGGGGAAAAAAACAACGCUGCACCUUUUGCUAAUUGUGAAAAUCACUACUCUGUGAUCACCUCAACACAGAACUGUCUACCAGUCGGUGAUCACCUCAACACAGAACUGUCUACCAGUCGGUGAUCACCUCAACACAGAACUGUCUACCAGUCGGUGAUCACCUCAACACAGAACUGUCUACCAGUCGGUGAUCACCUCAACACAGAACUGCCUACCAGUCGGUGAUCACCUCAACACAGAACUGCCUACCAGUCGGUGAUCACCUCAACACAGAACUGCCUACCAGUCGGUGAUCACCUCAACACAGAACUGUCUACCAGUCGGUGAUCACCUCAACACAGAACUGUCUACCAGUCGGUGAUCACCUCAACACAGAACUGUCUACCAGUCGGUGAUCACCUCAACACAGAACUGCCUACCAGUCGGUGAUCACCUCAACACAGAACUG